AUGACGACGAACAAAGCACUUUUCUGUGUAGCCUUAGCAUUAGCAUUAAUAGCCUCUGCUCAGGACUUGAAGUGGAGGCCGAAGGUCCAACAGGCAGCAGGUCCAGCUCGUCUACCCGUUCCUCCAUUGAACCACGAGAAGCAGUCCUUCCGUGAACCAUUGUCCUGGAGAUCUCCAGAUCCCCCUGUGAAGGAGGAGCCCCGCUUCCCUCCGCAGUUUGAGCCGAAGACUCCGGAAGUGCCCGACAGCGUUCGGGUCGUCUGCAGGGAAAACUCAAUCCGGGUGGAGGCCAAGCGAGACCUCCUUGGGAUCGGUCAACUUGUCAAGGCUGCGGAUGUCACGCUGGGAGGGUGUCCCGCCACCGGGGAAGACACUCCAGACCAGGUCCUGAUCUUUGAUUCGGAGCUGCAUGGGUGCGGCAGCCAGCUGCUGAUGUCUGAGGACACCUUCGUCUAUGUCUUCACGCUGCAGUACACUCCGUCUCCUCUGGGAGACACGCCCAUCGUCCGAACCAGAGACUUCACGGUCAGCAUCCAGUGUCAAUACCAGAGGAAGCACGAUGUGAGCAGCGGCUUCCUGAAUCCCACCUGGACCCCGUUUAGCGACUCCAAAGCUUCUGAGGAAAGCCUUUACUUCUCCUUCAAAGUGAUGACCGACGACUGGCAGUUCGCCCGGCCGUCUUCUCAGUUCCUGCUGGGCGACAUGAUGAAGUUUGAGGUUUCGGUCAAGCAGUUCCACCACACGCCCCUCAGGGUGACGGUGGACGACUGCGUGGCCACCGUGGUCAGGAACAUCGACACGGUCCCCCGGUACUCCUUCUUGGGAAACAACGGGUGCCUGUUUGACAGUCAGGUGACGGGCUCCAGCUCUCGCUUCCUGCCUCGCUCACAGGAUGACCGAUUGCGGUUUCAGGUGGAGGCCUUCAAGUUCCAGCAGGACGACAGAGGCGUGAUCUACAUCACCUGCCACCUGAAGGCAACGGCUUUGACUGCGAUGGUGGAUUCCGCCGACAAGGCCUGCUCCUUCGCCGGCGGGUGGACCGAGGCAAGCGGCGUCCACGAAGCGUGUUCUUGCUGCGACACGGACUGCGGGACGGGAAGUUGGCGCCGAGCGACACCAAACCAGGGUCCCCUAACGCCAACUGGUGCGAAAUGGGACGAGGAGGUUGCAGUUGGGCCAAUCACGGUGAAGGAAAGACCUGUCAUGAGAGAUUAAAAUAAUCCCGC